ACUAAAAUAAUGCUGAAAUGGAGGAAGAUAGGAGAAUAUUUUCAUGCUUUGUCGGCCAUCUCUCUCUCUUUCGUUCUUUCUAUAUCUCUCAUCAAAAGUUUGUGUAUGAUAAUGAAAAAUGUAAUAAUAUAUUAUGUAUGAUCUUUCUCUCACAUAUCCUUCCAAUUCAAACCCAGUAGGAUUUUCCUAAUCAUUGUGUAGAGGACAAAAUGAACACCGGCUUUCUGUUAAUUCUUUGAGAUAAUAAAAACAGGUUGACAAUUGUCACGAUCCAUUGCUCUUGGGAUUUAUAGCUCAACACCCAUUAAAGAAAACCACUUCAUGUAUUCAAAGCUGGAGUUUUUCCUACUAAAAUAUUCCCAGUUCUUCAAUUUUCUCCUCCCAGUUCCUUUGGUUUUAUUGGGUUGCGUUUCUUUCUUCUGAUUCGUCAUUUAUCCAAGAGGUAUGUAGAGUCGUUUCUUGCUUUUCCUUGUCCUUGAUUUUGUUAUAGGGAUUGUCGCGUGUGCUUUAACUUUAGAAACUUGUAUGAUUUCUAUUUGUAUAUCUCAGCUCACAGAGACCAAUAGAACUAGCUAGAUUUUGUUAUAGAAGAAGAUCAUUAUCUGGGUAGUUCUUGUUUUGGUAUUCUGUUUCAUGUCCAGUCAUGAAUUGUCUAUUCUUCAUGUGAAUGCCCCAAUCCCAUCUUGAGUAUAUAUGUUUUCCACUUCUGUUUGGUAGGUAUGGAGAAAAUAUCAUUUGGGUCUAUCACUGUUUUUGCUCUUGUUGUUUUCCUUAUGGUACGUCAAUCUUCUGGGCUUAAUGCUGAGGGUCAAUUGCUCUUAGAUAUAAAGAGCAAACUCGUUGACCAUUAUAAUCAUCUGAGUAAUUGGAAUCCCAGUGGUUCAAACCCUUGUGGGUGGAAUGGUGUGAACUGCACUUUCACUGAUUACAAUUCUGUGGUUUCGUCUCUUGAUUUGAGCUACAUGAAUCUUUCUGGUUCUUUGUCACCAAGUAUAGGGGGGUUGUCUCGUUUGGUUUAUCUUGAUCUUUCUUUUAAUGGGUUGUCUCUAAAUAUCCCUAGUGAGAUUGGGAAUUGUUCUAAUUUGAAGGUUCUUCGUCUAAACAAUAACCAAUUUGAAGGCCAGAUUCCUGUAGAGGUAGUUAAGCUUUCUUCUCUGUCAAUUUUCAAUAUCUCCAACAACAGAAUAUCUGGCCCCUUUCCGGAGAAGAUCGGUGAUCUUGUGUCCUUGACACAGUUGAUUGCCUAUAGCAAUAACAUCACUGGAUCAUUGCCAGCUUCUUUUGGCAACCUUAAAAAUCUAACUACUUUCAGAGCAGGGCAGAAUUUGAUAUCAGGAAGCUUACCUCCAGAUAUAGGAAGAUGCGAGCAAUUGCAGAUUCUUGGUCUUGCACAAAAUCAAUUAACUGGGGAAAUACCAAAAGAGAUUGGAAUGCUCAAUUAUUUGUCGGAUAUAGUCCUUUGGGGUAAUCAGCUUUCAGGGUCUAUUCCAAAGGAGCUAAGCAAUUGUACAAAUUUGUUGACUAUUGCUCUCUAUGACAACAACCUUGUAGGGCCUAUACCCAAGGAGCUUGGUGACCUAGAGUUUCUGGAAAAUUUAUAUCUCUACAGAAAUCAUUUGAAUGGAACGAUCCCGAGGGAGAUUGGAAAUCUGUCUUAUGCUGUGCAGAUUGAUUUCUCUGAGAACAUGUUGACUGGAGAGAUACCAGUAGAGUUGGCUAAGAUAACUGGAUUGCAUUUGCUUUAUCUUUUUGAGAAUGGGCUUACUGGUGUCAUUCCAAAUGAGCUCACUACUUUGGUAAACUUAACAAGGCUUGACCUCUCCAUUAAUAAUCUCACUGGCACUAUUCCUGUUGGGUUCCAGUAUUUGAAACAGUUGAUCAUGUUGCAGCUCUUCGACAACUCAUUCGUUGGGAGUAUUCCUCAAGGACUUGGAGUCUAUGGAAAACUCUGGGUAGUUGAUUUAUCAAACAACUACCUGAAAGGAAGAAUUCCACGUCAUCUUUGCAGAAAUGGUAAUCUUUUUCUGUUGAACCUUGGGUCAAAUAACCUCACAGGUUAUAUCCCAACUGGUAUCGUUAAGUGCAAGACAUUGGCACAGCUUUAUCUUGCAGGAAAUGAACUUACAGGGGGCUUUCCAACCGAUUUGUGCAAGUUGGAGAAUCUCUCUAGUAUUGAAUUGGGCCAAAACCAGUUCAAUGGUCCAAUUCCUCCAGAAAUUGGUAAUUGCCAUGUUCUGCAAAGGCUGCAUCUCUCAGAUAACUACUUCAUUGGUGAAUUGCCAAGGGAGAUUGGCAAACUUUCUCAAUUGGUGACCUUCAACAUCUCAUCUAAUCUUCUUGGUGGAACAAUACCACCAGAGAUCUUCAGCUGCAAGAUGCUUCAACGAAUUGAUCUCAGCCGGAACAAUUUUGUAGGUGCUUUACCAAGAGAGAUAGGAGGCCUUUCUCAACUGGAGCUUCUCAAGCUUUCAGACAAUCAAAUUUCUGGUGUUGUACCUCCAGAGGUUGGAAAUCUGAGUCACUUAACUGAGUUACAAAUGGGAGGCAACUUGUUUUCUGGUGCGAUCCCAGCUGAGUUGGGUGGCCUUUCAAGCUUGCAGAUUGCAUUAAACCUCAGCUAUAAUAAUCUCUCUGGGUCAAUACCUGAAGAGCUAGGAAACCUCGAGUUACUGGAAUUCCUGCUGCUCAACAACAACCAUUUGAGUGGUGAAAUUCCAGGCUCCUUAGGGAACCUUUCUAGCUUACUUGGAUACAACUUUUCAUACAAUGACUUAACAGGGCCUUUACCCUCCUUGCCAAUCUUUCUAAAUACAGGCAACAGCAGCUUCCUUGGGAAUGCCGGGCUUUGUGGUGGACCUCUUGGUAAUUGCAGUGAAUCUCCAUUAUCCUACCUUCCUUCGGAUACAGAAGGGAAAAGUGCCCGAUUCGGUAAAAUCAUUGCCAUAGUUGCAGCUGUUGUUGGUGGUGUUUCUCUCAUUUUAAUUGUAGUGAUUAUAUACUUCAUGAGACGCCCAGUUGAAAUAGUUGCUCCUUUGCAAGAUAAAUCAUUCUCUUCUCCACCUUCAGAUAUUUACUUUUCUCCAAAGGAAGGGUUCACUUUUCAGGACUUGGUUGCAGCCACUGACAACUUCAAUGACAGGUUUGUGAUAGGAAGGGGAGCUUGUGGAACUGUAUAUAGAGCAGUCUUGCCGUGUGGUCGCACUAUUGCAGUUAAGAAGUUAGCAUCAAACAGGGAGGGAAGCAAUAUUGACAAUAGCUUCCGUGCUGAAAUUUCGACAUUGGGAAAGAUCAGGCAUCGGAAUAUUGUGAAGUUAUAUGGUUUCUGCUACCACCUGGGUUCCAAUCUACUUCUUUAUGAAUACAUGGCCAAUGGUAGUUUGGGAGAAUUACUCCACGGAUCAUCCUGUAAUCUUGAUUGGUGGACUAGAUUCAAGAUUGCACUUGGAGCUGCUCAGGGCCUUGCUUAUCUGCAUCAUGAUUGCAAGCCCCGGAUUUUUCAUCGUGACAUAAAGUCCAAUAACAUUCUGCUUGAUGACAAGUAUGAAGCUCAUGUCGGGGACUUCGGACUAGCAAAGGUGAUCGACAUGCCCCAAUCUAAAUCAAUGUCUGCAGUUGCUGGUUCUUAUGGCUACAUAGCCCCCGAGUAUGCAUAUACCAUGAAAGUGACAGAAAAAUGUGACAUAUAUAGCUAUGGAGUGGUCCUUUUGGAGUUGCUGACUGGCAGAACACCUGUGCAGCCACUAGACCAAGGUGGUGAUCUGGUAAACUGGGUAAGAAAUUACAUUCAUGUUCAUACAUUAUCACCUGGAGUACUUGAUGCUCGACUUGAUCUGGACGAUGAGAAUACAGUCUCUCACAUGAUUACUGUCAUGAAAAUUGCACUAAUUUGCACAAGUAUGUCUCCUUUUGAUCGACCAACAAUGCGGGAAGCUGUUUUGAUGCUCAUCGAAUCUAAUAAACGAGUAGGACACUUCGAAUCAUCCCCGAGUUAUCAUGCAAAUUCAAGUGAAGGACAAUUUGAUUCAUCCCCAAGUCAUCAUGCUAGUUCAAGUGAUGAACUUAUUGUACAUAAUGAAUAAUUUUGAUAUAUAGGCCACGAGCGAUGAUUUUUUAGCAGCUAAUUCAUCCUAGCAUUAGUUAGAAAGAGAAGAACAAACUACCUUGUAUAUUCCCAAUAUAAUAAUGUUGCUUGCUUCCAUUUUGGCUGCUAGGCCAAUCA